AUGGACAAAAGCUCAAAAGUUGACGACGACGGUCAGUGGAAGUCGUUAUCCAAAAAGCUGUCGCUCGUUUUCGUGCAGUCUGUCCUCACGGCAGUGUUCGUGUUCGUCCUGAUGACUGCCGCGUACCUGCUGUACUUGCGAUACAAGUCCACAGCGGUGCAGGUGAAACCAAUUGCGCGCCGCUCUUUUUACGACGACUCGGCACCUGUGGUGCAGAUCGUCAACGUCACUGCAAGAGAGUUUUGUUCGGUCGUUUCCAGGGACCUGCACUCGUUGAAGCAGAUGGGCUACGUGGACGACGACAGCCGGGUGUCCAAGCUGCUGUCUCUGGACCUCGGCGGCGCCCAAGACGUGCACUACGUGUUCGUCAACACCACGCAUGUACCGUGGACAGUCGCCUGUUCGCUGGAGUCAGCCCUGGGUGCUAUUGGCCACGUCGGCCGAGUAAAUGUGUUUGUCGUCAAUGGAAUGGAAUUCGAUCGAACCGAUAACAAGUGCGGUCUGACGCAACCGGUAUCGCUGUUGUCGAGCCUUGUCGACCUGACAGCCAAGUACGGCAACCACCGAUUGAACGUGUUGCACGUAAACCUGGAUGAUUUGCUGGAGUUUUCGCCGUUCCAGUGUAUGGGCCUAAACAGGCGUCCCGCGCUCGCCAAAUUCGCGGUGCAGCUAGUACUACUUUGGCAAUUCGGCGGCACCGUGCUGGACGGCGAUGUGGUGGCAAUCCGCGGAUCCGUGUACCGUGCGACCGACACGGCAGUCGAGUACGGCGACUGGACCGUCAGUUCACCCUACACUUGCCACCCGUUCGUGUACGACGCUAUGGUGUGUACCAAGAGUUACGCGUUACUUUACAGACCAUUCAUGGCCGACACCAGUGUCAAGAUCUUUGAUAAAGCGGUUGAAUGGUCAGGACGCGGCGUCAGCGACGUCCGGCAGAUCAAUGAAAAUGUAAUUUGUCGGGACGGCUUGGUCGGCGGGCACUGCUAUUACGUAGAACGGGCCGACGUCGAUUUCAUUCACCGUUACUGCCCCGUCGUCUAAAAAAUAGUUCAAAAUGCAUUAAAUAUC